AGGUCCCUCCUGAGGCUUGAGCUUUGUCCAGGGCCCAUGCUAGCAUUCUGCUCUCUUUACUUCCCCUCAGUGCUCUGUGUUAGUUACUUCUGUAUGGCUUAUGGUAGGCUGGUCAGGAGUGGCUGUGUGGGCUGUGUGUGUCUGGCUCUAGUCUGGCCUGGGGUGCCUGGUGGUGAGCUGUUUGGCUGGUGGUGGCGGUCUGGUCUAGAUGGCUGUGGGCUCUGGACUGUUCAUGUCCUGCAGGUAAUGCAGGCCCUGCCUUCCCAUCGACCCCUACAUCAGCUAUAUACACUUACCUUCUGGUCUGCCAUUGCGCAAUAUGGAUAGUGAGUGGUCCCUGGCAGGCUCAGUUCAUGCCCUCAACCUACCCCUCAUUUGGUCUUUCUUUGAGAGGCCAAGUGGGAAGAAACAUGCUCUGGGAUUAUCUGGCCACUCUUCUGUGACUUCGGUUCCAUGGAAGUGUUUCUCCCAGCUGUCCCUCAGUCCAGGGCCCCACAGAUGGGGAUGCAGGGGUGGAGGUCCAGACAAGAAGGGGUAAGCUGCUCAUAGGCAGUGCUGAUCACACAGAGACUGUAAGCUGCCUGAUCCUUGGCUUGUGGGUGAGGUUAAGAAGUGGCUGCAUGCCGGGCGGUGGUGGCCCACGCCUUUAAUCCCAGCACUCGGGAGGCAGAGCCAGGCGGAUCUCUGUGAGUUCGAGGCCAGCCUGGGCUACAGAGUGAGUUCCAGGAAAGGUGCAAAGCUACACAGAGAAACCCUGUCUCCUGGCCCUGGAUUGCUGUCCACCCGCUCCCCCGCUUUCUCAGCCUCACAUUGACCCUGCUCUGACAGGGAGGAACCAAUUUAAUCAAGCCAGGACCUCUCCGGUCUCUUGGCUGUCCCUUUGCUGCCUUUGAUCAGCCCGGAGCCUGGCUCUCUCUGGUGCAUGUGAGAGCCACUUGGUACAUAUGCUGCAGGUGAAGACAGCUUUGCUGUUCUUCUCCAGACCACGGGGCAGCCCAGGGGUCCACUGGGUGCAUCCCCUGUGUCUGAAGCUAUUUUUCUGUGGAGACUUCUGGACCUCCCUUCUGAUUCCGUGUGGGUAGGUUCCAGUGUUCCUCUGCUGUGUGGAGUACCUUCUCUGGUCCCACACACCAUAAUUGUGGACAACGAGCCCCCCCACUUUUUUUUGUCCGAUUUUGUCCACUUGCCUGUACUCUUAUUGGCGAGUUCUGUGAUGAUAUGCAUGCAAGAGACACCAGCUGCCAGGAUGUGGGGUCUCUCUGCCCAGAUCCCCAGCAUGCCAGCACCGGCUAGCCUGGCAAAGGAGCAGCUUGGAGAGGAUGGAGGGGCAAGUUUCUACAGAGAUUUGGGGUGCAGUGGCUGUGAGGGGGCGUGCUGAUGGGUUGUGAGACAACUGAGACUCUAGGUGCCCUGCUCCUACCUGAAGGGCAUGGGGGCCCCGCGUGUUCCCAGAAGGACGGUGCUCUUCCAGCAGGAGAGGACAGGCCUGACCUACCGUGUGCCUGCACUGCUCUGCGUGCCUCCCCGUCCUACCCUGCUGGCCUUCGCGGAACAGCGACUUAGCCCCGAUGACUCCCAUGCCCACCGCCUGGUGCUGCGGAGGGGCACACUGGCCCGGGGCUCAGUGCGGUGGGGCACCCUGAGUGUGCUGGAGACUGCGGUGCUGGAGGAGCACAGGUCUAUGAACCCUUGCCCGGUGCUGGACGAACACUCUGGUACCAUCUUCCUCUUCUUCAUUGCGGUGCUGGGCCACACGCCGGAGGCCGUGCAGAUCGCCACUGGCAAGAACGCCGCUCGCCUCUGUUGUGUGACCAGCCGUGACGCCGGCCUUACCUGGGGCAGUGUGCGAGACCUGACCGAGGAGGCCAUUGGUACAGCAUUGCAGGACUGGGCCACCUUUGCUGUGGGUCCAGGCCAUGGAGUUCAGCUACACUCAGGUCGCCUGCUUGUUCCUGCUUACACCUAUCAUGUGGACCGUCGGGAGUGUUUUGGCAGGAUCUGCUGGACCAGUCCCCACUCCUUGGCUUUCUAUAGCGAUGACCAUGGCAUCUCCUGGCACUGUGGAGGCCUUGUGCCCAACCUGCGCUCUGGAGAGUGCCAAUUGGCUGCAGUGGACGGAGACUUCCUCUACUGCAACGCCCGGAGCCCCCUGGGCAAUCGUGUGCAGGCCCUGAGUGCUGACGAGGGCACCUCCUUCCUACCAGGCGAGCUGGUGCCUACGCUGGCUGAAACUGCCCGUGGCUGCCAGGGUAGCAUUGUGGGCUUCCCAGCUCCACCCUCCAGCAGGCCUCAGGAUGACCGGUGGCCAGUGGUUCUUGGGAAUAUCCCACCUUCCCCAUGCUUCCAUCUCAGAGUGCAGGAGUCUUCAGGUCAAGGUGCUGGGGGUCCUGUUGAAGGCUGGGUUCCCAGAGGGUCAUUCUGCUCCCCACAGUCCUGGGGUCCAGAGAAUCUUGGCCUAGAACCUGGGACAGGUGGAGAGAAGACAGCCUGGACCCCAGAACUCCCUAAGUCCUCUGCUUCCCUGCUUCAGAGUCCCACGUGGCUACUGUAUUCCCACCCAUCAGGGCGUAGAUCUCGGCUCCACAUGGGAAUCUACCUGAGCCGGUCCCCCUUGGACCCCCACAGCUGGACAGAGCCCUGGGUGAUCUAUGAGGGCCCCAGUGGCUACUCUGACCUAGCGUUCCUUGGGCCUAUGCCCGGGGCAUCCCUGGCCUUUGCCUGUUUGUUUGAGAGCGGGACCAGGGCCUCCUACGAAGACAUCUCUUUUUGCUUGUUCUCAUUGGGUGAUGUCCUGGAGAAUGUGCCCUCGGGCCUAGAGGUCCGCAGUCUCAGGGACAAGCCUCAAGGGCAUUGCUGGCCCUCUUGAUGGCCCGAUCCUCUGGCAGGCACCUGGGAAGGAAGGGUAGAGUGUAUAGAGGAGGCUAGGGGCAGGUCAGCCUGACCCUGGGAUGGACAGAGUCUCCUCACUGCUUCUGGAGGAUGAGUCACUGGGGGGGCUGGCUGCUUUCUGAGUAUGAGUGAGAAAUAAAGGGAUUGUGCUGUGUCUGUUUCUUCCCACACCAAAGCCUUGGGUCCCAGCGCUCUAGUUCACCACCUUGAUUACCACACACAUUUCCCACCUUCACCCUACACAGUUCCCACAUCCCGGGGGUGGCUGGCAGGGGUGAAGACAACAGGAACAGUGGACAUCACGGCCCCUCUUUCCACUACCCGCUGUGUGCCAGCCCAAUUAAUCCGAAGUUUGCUGAUGACUGAGGUCUGGUCACUUUCUGAACUGCCAGCAGGAGAAGCAGGCUGGGGAGGCAGCCUCCCCAGCUGGUGGGGACAGAGCUUGAUUUGAGGAAGGGUUACUUCCUAGGCCUGCUCCAAGUGCCCACUUCUUCACCCUUCUCUGGAGAGGGCUCUUGCUCUAUCAGAGCUGCUCCCUCAGGGAAGCCAGUUUGUUCUCUCUCUCUCUCUCUCUCUCUCUCUCUCUCUCUCUCUCUCUCUCUCUCUCUCUCUCUCCCUCCCUCCCUCCCUCCCUCC